GCAUCGAGAAGUUCAAGGGCCGCUACCUGCACAGCCGAGACUACAAAGAUGCCUGGGAUUUCAUGGACAAGAGAGUCGUUCUCAUCGGGAUUGGGAAUUCAGGGUCGGACCUGGCUGUGGAAAUCAGCCAAACAGCCAAGCAGGUCUUUCUUAGCACCCGCCGGGGCGCGUGGAUCCUCAACCGUGUUGGAGAUCAGGGCUACCCCAUUGACAUCAUCAUCACCACCCGCAUGAAGAUGUUCCUGAAGAAAAUACUGAGCCCAUCCAUGGUGAGCAGCUUUGCAGAGAAGCAGCUGAACAUGAGGUUCGACCACGCGCACUACGGCCUGAAGCCAAAGCACAGGGUCCUCGACCAGCACCCAACCAUCAACGAUGACCUGCCCAACCGCAUCAUUUCAGGCAGAGUGCUGGUGAAGCCGAACGUCCAGGAGUUCACCGAGACAUCUGCCAUCUUUGAGGACGGCACCAGGGAAGACAUCGAUGCCGUGGUCUUCGCCACAGGAUACAGCUUCUCCUUCCCCUUCCUCGAAGGCUACGUGAAGGUGGUGGAGAACCAGAUCCCUCUCUACAAAUUCAUGUUCCCCCCUGACCUGGAGAAGCCAACGCUGGCUUUCAUUGGCCUCAUCCAGCCCCUGGGCGCCAUCAUGCCCAUCUCCGAGCUUCAGUGUCGCUGGGCCACCCGUGUCUUCAAGGGGCUGAACAAGCUGCCCCCACAGCAUGACAUGGAGGCUGACAUCAAGCAGAAGAGAGAAGCGAUGGCAAAGCGGCCCCCGAGCGUGUUUCGCCCCCGGCUGAGGGUUCCCCAGCAUCCCUGCCACCACCACGCUGUGGGACACGGGGGAUUAGCCAUCAUCGGGGCCGGGGCCUCUGGCCUGUCUGCCCUGAAAUGCUGCCUGGAUGAGGGCCUGGUACCUACCUGCUUCGAGAGGAGCGGGGACAUCGGAGGGCUCUGGCGCUUCGAG